AUGCUUCGCAUCGGUGUCGACGUCGGAGGGACGAACACAGACGGUGUGCUGAUCGAUGUGACUCGUCUUCACGAGCCGAGCCGCGGUGUGCUCGCGCACUACAAGGCCCCCACUACGACCGACGUCUCCAAGGGAAUCGAGGAGGCCGUCCGCGAAGUCCUGAGGCUCGCGUCUGUGUCGCCUACCGAAGUCGCGUCAGUCAGCAUUGGGACGACCGCGUUCAUCAACGCCGUGCUCGAGGCGGACGCGCGCAGGCUGGCCAAGGUCGCCGUCAUCCGUCUCAGCAGCGUCUUCACCAAACAGUGCCCGCCUUUCAUCGACUUCCCCAAGCCGCUGCGCAUUCUCACCGAGGGUCAUGUGGGUUACGUCGAUGGAGGUUUCGAGAUCGACGGUAGAGAGAUCAGACCCAUCAAUGAGGCCCAGAUUCUGGAGCAAUGCGCCAUUGUCAAGGAAAAAGGACUCAAGAACGUGGUCUUGACGGGCAUAUUCUCCUCGCUCGACAACGACGGAAAGCAAGAAAUCGCCGCCAAGGCUAUUAUCGAGCGCGAACUCGGACCUUCGGUCAAUGUGGUCGCCUCACGAGAAGUGGGACAGGUCGGUCUGCUCGAGCGCGAGAACGCAUCCAUCCUCAAUGCCUCCAUCCUCACAUUCGCUCAACGCACCAUCCGCGGCUUCCAGAAUGCGAUGCGCCACCCUCGAACUCACCUGUCCCCUCUUCCUCACCCAAAAUGA